GCCGAAACAAAAUUAAUUUUAACGUUGUUUGGAAAAAUAUUUGGUUACUAUUAACAUCAACAUGGCUAUGUCAAAAUAUACUUAUGAUUUAUUUUUAGGAAUCGUUAUUUACAUGGUAACAAUGGAUUAUACGUACUCAAUUAUGGAGCACCCUCAAACGGUCACAUGUGCCGUUGAUUUUGUAUUUAUGGGGAAGGUCGAAGGCUCCAAAAAAAUCCGUGAAGAUGGCAGGCAAUUAAUGCUUUACACAAUAAUACCUGGGACCAAAAACUUAGCACCAAGCGGUAAAGAGUUUAAUGCGGAACAAGAUGUGAGACAAUUGACUACGGGGAUAGGUUCUGAAGACGUAUUCUUCCAAGCACAACAAAAGAAUAACAACGGUCUUGAGGAAUACUUUAUAACAGGAUUCUUCAAUGAGGUAACAGGAAAAGUGCCACACCUAACAACCGAUGACUGGGUAAUUAAACUUACACCUGAACUGGCCCACUCCUUACCUCGCCUAACACAGGAGUAUGUACAAAACUGUAGAUGUGAGAUCUGUCCCGAGGGUCGACCAUGCCCAAAGUCAAAUUGUAUAUACAUGCCAAAUGAGGAGAUGUGCAGAUUCAGCAGUUCAGUAUGCAUACAUAUAGACGAAGAGCAGUGUGAUUGGAAAAAGACAAGAGACUACAGAGGUUGUAUGAAAGAGUGAAAAUCCAGCUUUAAUACGUCAGGAUCUAUGAGUUUAAUGGAGCAUUUUAAACUGUCCAUCAGUUUGUGAUGUUCAGAGGAGAUGUCUAAAUAAAAAUGUUCACUGAUAAGAAACUUUUGUUUAUUUGUUUCUUUCCUUACCUUCAUCUCAAUUUGUGAUAAGGCAAGCCCUAAUUUUAACAGUUUCUCUUACAGUUUUCAUAUCUCCAACGCUAUCCCAUUGUAAAAACCCUGGAGGACUUGAUUAUUUUUGUAAAAAAAGCGAAAAAAUGCUCAAAACACAUUCUGGCCUUAAUUCUGGUUGUUAAUUUACGGAAAUGUACUAACAUUAAAAAGGUUUAGAACCAUUUCAUUUCCUACAAUCAGAAAUUUUCAAUGAGGAUCUAUAAAUAUCCUGAAAGUACGUCCCAAUCUUCAAUGUCAAACCCUGCUGCAACAACUUGAUCUUGUUUUGUUCGAGUAUUUCUUUCACUAUACUUUUGUGUAUUUUUAUUUUGGUGCCUUGAUUGUCUUUCAAGAUGAAGCUCUUUCAAUGUUGGUUGAACUGGGUCAGUGUGACAAGGGGAUUUUGUUUGAGCACAGCCUGCCUGACUAGCUCUGUGUGAUGAAUUGCACCGAGGUUUGAGAAUGAGGUUUUCUUCAUCACUAUUUAAGUCAAUUUCAGCUUCACCUGGUUUGUGUUCCUUAGUCA